AAUUUGAUGCCAGUGAGACCAACUCAGUUUUCAAAGCUGCUGAAUCGACUUCGGGGAGACAACGCAAAAUUUGAUCACACUGUAUCAGAUCUGGGUCAGAGACGAUUUCAUUAAAUUGCGACGGGUCGAAACACGAGUUCUUUGUAUAAAUCACCAUGCGCCAUGAAACUGGUCUCGAUGCUGGAUGAUACUUUAUCCAGAAUUAGAAUUAUGUUGUGGCAAUUAAUUUCGAAAGACUUAAGCGGGUCGGCGGAUGAACGGCGCCCCACCACGUGAUUGGUGUUAAUGAAGAUAUCUUCAUCAAUGUCUUCCAUUUUCUUAUUUACGGUUGCGAUGAACUCUGUGGUAGUUUUGUGUACAUGAUCGAAGUCCCUCAAGAUAUUCCUCAAGCAUUUGGUUGCAGCUUUGAUCAUCCGCCAAGACUGCAGAAGAUCCAAUCCGGGCAUUUGCAGGUAGUCUGAGACAGGGGAUGUGAUGUCGGUGGCAACUUCAGCUUCAUAACACGAACUGCGCCACCUAGGGAACUAUGCCUGACCAGAUGCACAGAAGGAAAUCUCACGGCUCUGCAGUCCGCAGAGUAGUUACAGUGCAACUGGCUAUGUGUCUGUUGUGAAAGACAAGCUACACCGAUGGAGUUGUGCACGAGUUUUGCAUAGCCUUUGACAAUGCAUUCACAGUAAACUGUUCAUUGAUGCUGAUCCUAUUGCAACCAAAGUUGAUAAUGUUAUUGCGCAUGUGGAACGCCGCUCUCUCUAACGGGAGUGUAAUUGGACAAGGGGUAGCUGCACACAACUGGAUCCCUAAGUCUGUUCCUUAUAGUAGGAUUCUAUCAUCUGCAGCAGUCAAUCACACAAAUGCUAAACGCUCAGAUGGGGUUUUUCCCAAAAGACGUGACUUGACAUCGCUGGUGCCAAAAGUUGAGAUUAAUGACCUUGGUGACAUGGAGAAUGGCGACUUGGAACUGAAGUGCCUUGUCCGAGAGAUGCAACAUGACUUUAUGAAAGCACCCCUCGACGAUGUACUAAAGGAUAGUGAGUUCUCCUUCCCUAAACACAGCCGAGAGCAGAUGAAUAAAGAACACCAGGAACUAUUUGUCUGUGUACAGGGGGAGUCUGAUGAAGAGUACCAAGAAGAAGUUGAUGACACGUACUAUGGUGUUGAUCUGGAUCUUUCAGAGGACCGUGAAAUAUUUGCACUUCGGCAUAAAAGAGGAGAGAGAGGUGUGUUCGACAUAGAUGAUCUAGUGGUGGAACUGCAGAAGGAAAAUGCCCGAGACAUCUGCGUGAUUCAAGUUCCGGCAGAGAAGAACUAUUGUGACUACCUCGUUAUAGUGAGCGGACUCUCUCCACGACACCUGCGGGCAAUGGCCGAGGCAUUUACAAUCCAGUAUAAGCAACGGAGGUGGGCUAGAGAUCCAAAAAAUGUGCGAAUAGAAGGAGAAGGGUCAUCUGAUUGGAAAGUGAUAGAUUUUGGAAACAUUGUGCUGCAUAUGAUGAUGCCAACGACCAGGGAGGUGUAUGACAUUGAAAUGCUGUGGAGUGUAGGGGAGGAACAUGAUGAUAAAUGCAAUGAGAAACUGGCAGACAUCUGGAGUGAUCUUCCAGAUCUUACCUUCCUUAAGGACAAAGAUGAUCACUGAAAUGCUAUGCUCAAAAUCAGAAUUUAGUUAGAAAAGUGCAUGUGCAUUAUGUAUGAGGAUGCUGUAUGAUCAUCAUAUGUGCCAUAUAAUAUGGCUGUACAAGUAUAAUAAACUAUAUUCAUCACAUAGGAAAUUAUUUUAUAUUUAAUUUUUCAACAAUACUUUGAAGCAUAUGCAGUGUAGAGUACCUGGUAGCAGUAAUAUUAAAAUUCCUGUUAUUAGUAUAUUAUUUUCUAUUACAAUUUUGUGACAUUCAUCAUGUACAAUAAAUCUUGAGAAAAUAAAUCAUUUU